AUGAUGUUGUCCAUGGUUCUCCUUGGUAUUACAUUUCUUGCGGUGGGUAUAAUAGUAAGAUAUCUCGCAAAGAUCUCUGUUUAUGAUAAGAGUGAACAAGCAGUAUUUUCUAAUGAAGGCUUAGGAGAUGAUCAUUGCGUGCUUGUACUGCAAGCUUUACUUGAUGCAAUAGGGCAGACACACAUGUUCAUUGUCAAGGUGUUGGAGCAUAAUUUGACAGGCAAGAUACAAACCAUAACUACCACGAAGAUACUCUCACCAGAAGCUCCACAUCCUGUAGCAGACUUGGAAGAUGAAGCUAUUCCACCGACUUCUGGUGAUGUUUUGAAGACUGGAAGUGAGGAAUCUGAUCCUUCCAAUGAUGUUGAGGAUUCUUGUGGUGAUGGGAUUUGA